AUGUACAUAACCCUCUACUACGUAGUCACCCGGCUCCCCGACUUCCUUCGCUCCGUCAGGGACCACUUCCUCUCUCUUUGCAACACCACACUCACUGUUGACCUCCUAGAGGAGCGCCUCCUGGCAGCAGAGAAGUCUAUAGUCGCUGUAGGAGCCUCUCGUGGUGACCCUCGUACCCCCUUCUUUGAGGGGUGUUCCCCCUCCGCCCUCUUGCCCUCUGUUGCCUCUGCUGCUGCGGCCGACCUCGUUGGCCUCGAGUCGGUCGGAGUUGCGUCUGCCCCUAGCGGGAGACGCCACACCGGCAAAGGCAAGGGGGGCAAGGGCGCUGGAGGAGCUGGCGGGGGCGGUGGAGGUGGCGGUGGAGGUGGUGGAGGGGGUGGGGGUGGUGGUGGGAGUGGUGGCGGGGGUGGGGGCGUCGGUGGCGGCAGUGGAGGCGGAGGAGGCGGCGGCGGUGGCGGUGGGAGCAGAGGAGGAGGCGGUGGCAGCGGUGGCGGAGGUGGCGGCGGAAGCGGUGGAGCUGGUCGGGGCGGCUCUGCGCAGAGGGGCGGCUCCGGUGGUGGUCAGCGCCAGCAGCAGCAGCGCACUCGUGAGACCCCGCCCCCCCAGCAGAUUCGUGAGUGGUACGCUGCGCGUCAGCGGGGUGGGGGUGCUGGUCCCUGUACCUACGUCCUGCGUACCGGCGUCUGCACUAGUGAGCAGUGUGGGGACCCGCACUCCACCCAGCGCUGCUUCGGCCGCCUGACGGACUCUUGGCGUCUCCAGUUCCUUGACGCCACUGAGGGCGGGGGUGCUGGUGAAGCUGCUGCUCUAAGUGCUGGUGAGGCUGCUGCUCUAGGUGCUAGUGAGCCUGCUCCCCCAGGUGCUGGUGAGUCUGCUCUCUCGGGUACCACGUCGGCUCAGGCCUCCCACACCUUCACCCUUGACGCGGGUGCUUCCCGCUCCUUCUUUCGAGACCGCACCACACUUACGCCGCUUAGUCGGCCAGUUGCGGUCUCCCUGGCAGACCCCUCUGGGGGUCCUGUCCUUGCCCACUUCUCCACUGUCUUACCGUGUCCGGCGGCCCCCUCUGGCACCCAGUCAGGUCUUUACCUCCCCUCGUUCUCUACGAACUUGGUGAGUGGUGCUGAUCUACAGGAUAGGGGGGUUGACCAGUUCACUCCUGCGAGUCAGCGAGUGACCCACUGCACGUGUGCUCGGACGGGCCGACACUUCACCACGUUUAUCCGUCGACCGGGGUCGAGCCUGUACACACUGACUACUGAUUCUCCUCCGGUUGCUGCGUCUCGUCAGGUAGUUGCGUGGAAUCUUCUCUGGCACCACCGCCUUGGUCACCCCUCCCUGCCUCGUCUCCGAGGCAUGGCCUCCCGUGUCCUUGUCUCUGGUCUCCCCCGGUCCCUCCCUCCUCUUCCUCCGGGGCCUGCCCCUACCUGCGUUCCCUGCGUCGAGGGGCGGCAGCGCGCUGCUCCUCACUCCUCCGAGUUUCCUGCGACAGAGGCUCCACUGCAGACGCUUCACAUGGACGUGUGGGGCCUAGCCCGCGUCCGUGGACAAGGUCACGAGCGUUACUUCUUGCUGGUGGUUGACGACUACUCGCGUUACACCACAGUCUUCCCCUUGCGCAGCAAGGGUGAGGUCACUGGGGUGUUGAUCGACUGGAUCCGCGCAGCUCGUCUCCUGCUCAGAGAGAGUUUCGGCUCGGACUUUCCUGUUCAGCGUCUGCACUCCGACACAGGCGGAGAGUUCUCCUCUGACCUUCUGCGAGGCUUCUGUCGUGCACGAGGCAUCCGCCAGACCUUCACGCUUCUGGACUCUCCACAGCAAAAUGGGAUUGCUGAGUGCCGCAUUGGCAUGGUCAUGGACGUCGCUCGUACGUCCAUGGUCCAUGCGGCUGCCCCCCAUUUUCUGUGGCCGUUUGCGGUUCGGUACGCGGCGCAUCAGAUCAACCAUCAGCCCCGGGUCUCCAUGCCGGAGACAUCCCCUGCUUUGCUGUGGACGUGGAAGGUUGGCGAUGCGUCUGCGUUCCUUGUCUGGGGAUCUCGGGCGUUUGUCCGCGACUUGUCUGCGGACAAGCUAUCCCCCCGUGCUGUUCCCUGCGUCUUCCUUGGCUCCCCCCCUGACGCGCCCAGGUUAGCAGUUCUACCACCCCACCUCGCGCGGUGUUCUGUCCUCCCAGGACGUCACGUUUGA